AUGCCCAUAAAAGCAUAUAUAUUUUUAAUUUUAAAUAAAAUAUUACAAUAAUUCAUUUCUAUCAUAUUAAAGAACUAGUUAUUUGUUAUUUAAGGAAAUCUAGAGGAUCAGAUAUAAGUAAGUAAUAGAAAGAAGAGUUGGAUAAAUUUAGACAUAAAAAUAAUCAAAGUGAAUUAAAUAUAAGUGUAAUUUUAAAUGGAUUUAGAUUUAGACUAUCAUUAACUUCAUCAGAGAUUGGAUAUUGUUGAAUUCGGUGAAAUUUAAAUGAAAAGGUAGUGACU